AUGGCUUACAACUAUGGAUCGAUGUCUUUCGACCAUCUUUUCAGACGAUGUGUUGGAUGUGACUACACAACGACACCAUCUUGCCCUCAAAAUCCAAGUUGUGACGAGCAGGGCAAGCAAUGUGCAUUCGUUCCGCCGACAUGCACCUCAUGCCAAAAAGUAGAAUGCGUAGAGUCAGCUGCGGCGACCGCGACAUUAACCCCAACAGCAAAAGCGAAUCCAGGACCCAAUGUGGGAGCGAUUGCUGGAGGCGUGAUUGGGGGAGUCGUUGUGAUUGCCACUCUCACCUACCUGGUGUGGAGAUUCUGUAUCAAGACCAAAAGACAACAGUACGAGCAAGAGAAUUGGGUUGAAGAUGACGAGACACUGCCUGUGGAGAAGGAUUUCACAAUGAGAAGGGAUGCCAGGGCUUCGACACACACAGUCGCUUCAAUCGCCUCUACGGUUUUGACCCGCGCCUCAAACAUUAUUCAAAUUGCCUAUAUUCCCGGCGUGACGAAUCGAUCUGCGCCAUCAACACCUGGCCUACUUGUGCCCCCUGUUCCUCCGAUUCCAAUUGCGUUAUCAUCCAACAACAGCACGCCGAGAUACGAGCAAGAGCACUUUUUUAUGCCUGGCGAUCUGCGAGAUUCCACCUACUCUGGUAUCAGUGACCGAACCUCAUACGCCAGGACCAGCGUUGCAUCCACCAUCUAUGGCAAGAACGCAAUAGUGUCCCCUGUUCCUGCACAGACUGUAAUCAGAGGGAAACCAGCCUUGGUCAGCGUCAAAUCCAAUGGUGCCAGUUCUUCUGGUGAACUCACACCUCCGGUCCCAAGCGUCGAUUACGGCAAGUAUGGUGUGAACGGGCCUCCAAGUCCGGCAUUCAGUGUCGGUUCCACAUUCUUGAACAACGCCAAUACUGCCACACAAGUACGACCUCAAGUCGUUCGAGUUAUCAGCGGGCCUAGUAAGAAGCGUUCUACAUCAGAGACUAUUUCCGAAGACGAGGCCGCUUCCCAUCGAAGCCUUGUCCCCCGCGACUCGAACGCAAUUACCAUAAUCGAUGACACUCCUGCUCUGGAACAAGGACCUUUCGGCGAUCAUCCUGAUGGACGGCAUACAAGCAGUAGCACACUUAGUGCCGUGAUAGAAGAGGCGACAAAGAAAACACAGGGUGGUAUUCAGGGAUCGAAAAAGGAAAGCACCCCAUUUGGGGAUGAGCAUGAAGUUAAAGAGUGA